CUGCCUGCCCUCCCCGGCCACAGGCGGCUCGGGCUGGCGGGCCCCCGGCGCCUCCAGGGUUGCUGGGAACGCGGUCCUGCGUGGGGCCCGGAUGGCUAACGCGGAUGGUCGGAGGCUGCGGCCGGCGCGCAGUGGGCCCCCACCUGGACAGGUUCCUCGGUGCCCCCGACUGCAGGUUGGGACGAAACAUCAUGGGAGCCCGAAUUACUCCGCUGAUGAGCCGCCUCGGAGAUGCUGGGACUCCACGGCCUCUACCUCCAGCCCCUGCUUGCUGUAUUCCACCAGCCGCAUCAUCGAUGACUUUGGGAAAUUGCUCCUGGCCGAGGCCCUCCUGGAGCAGUGUUUGAAGGAGAACCAUGCCAAGAUAAAAGACUCCAUCCCUUUGCCUGAGAAGAAUGAGCCAAAGAUGAAUGAAGCCAGAAACCAUCUGAGUAGUAUCCUUAACCACGGGAGGCUGUCUCCACAGUACCUGUGUGAAGCCAUGCUGAUCCAGGGCAAGCUGCAUUAUGUGGAGGGCUCGUACCGAGAUGCCAUCAGCAUGUACGCUCGGGCUGGGAUUGAUGACAUGUCCAUGGAGAACAAGCCACUCUAUCAGAUGAGGCUGUUGGCGGAGGCCUUUGUCAUCAAAGGACUCUCCCUGGAACGCCUGCCCAACUCCAUCGCUUCCCGCCACCGCCUGACAGAGAGGGAGGAGGAAGUGAUCACCUGCUUCGAGAGGGCCUCCUGGAUCGCUCAGGUGUUCCUGCAGGAGUUGGAGAAGAUCACAAAUAACACCACAUCACGGCAUCUGAAAGGCUCUCACCCGGUUGACUACGAGCUCACCUACUUCCUGGAAGCUGCCCUCCAGAGUGCUUAUGUGACAAACCUGAAGAAGGGGAACAUCGUGAAAGGGAUGAGAGAGCUCCGGGAGGUCCUACGCACUGUGGAGACCAAAGCAACUCAGAACUUCAAAGUGAUGGCGGCCAAGCAUCUGGCAGGGGUCCUGCUACAUUCCUUGAGUGAGGAGUGCUACUGGAGCCCCCUGUCCCACCCGCUGCCCGAGUUCAUGAGCAAGGAAGAGAACUCCUUCAUCACACAGGCCCUGCGGAAACCUCACCUCUAUGAAGGAGACAACCUCUACUGCCCGAAGGAUAAUAUUGAGGAAGCCCUCCUGCUGCUCCUCAUCAGUGAGUCCAUGGCUACCCGGGAUGUGGUGCUGAGCCGGGCGCCAGAGCAGGAGGAGGACCGGGCGGUGAGCCUGCGGAACGCUGCGGCCAUCUAUGACCUCCUGAGCAUCACGCUGGGCAGGAGGGGCCAGUACGUCAUGCUCUCCGAGUGCCUAGAGCGAGCCAUGAAGUUUGCGUUUGAAGAAUUUCACCUUUGGUACCAAGUGGCCCUCUCUAUGGUGGCUUGUGGGAAGUCGGCCUAUGCUGUGUCACUGCUGCGGGAGUGCAUGAAGCUUCGACCGUCAGACCCCACCGUGCCCCUGAUGGCUGCCAAGGUCUGCAUCGGGUCCCUGCAUUGGCUGGAGGAAGCAGAGCGCUUUGCCAUGAUGGUGAUCGACCUCAGGGAGGAAGCCGGGGAGUUCCUUUCCAAGGGCUACCUGGCACUGGGCCUCACAUACAGCCUGCAGGCCACUGACGCAACUCUGAAGUCCAAGCAAGAUGAAUUGCACCGGAAAGCACUGCAGACGCUGCAGAGAGCCCAGCAGCUGGCGCCCGGUGACCCCCAGGUCAUCCUCUAUGUCUCCCUGCAGCUGGCCCUCGUCCGCCAGAUAUCCAGUGCCAUCGAGCAGCUGCAGGAGGCCCUGAAAGUGUGCCGGGAUGAUGCCAACGCCCUCCACCUGCUGGCGCUCCUCUUCUCUGCCCAGAAGCACUACCAGCAUGCCCUGGACGUCAUCAACAUGGCCAUCACAGAGUAUCCUGAGAACUUCAACCUCAUGUUCAGCAAGGUAAAGCUGGAACAGGUCCUGAAAGGCCCGGAGGAAGCCCUGGUGACCUGCAGGCAGAUGCUGCGACUGUGGCAGACCCUGUACAGCUUCUCCCAGCUGGGAGGCCUGGAAAAGGACGGGAGCCUCAGCGAGGGUGUCACACUGAAGAAGCAGAGCGGAAUGCACCUGACUCUGCCCGACGCACAUGAUGCAGACUCCGGCUCUCGGCGAGCAUCAUCCAUUGCGGCCUCCCGGCUGGAGGAAGCCAUGUCAGAGCUCACUGUACCCAGCUCAGUUCUGAAACAAGGCCCCAUGCAGCUGUGGACCACACUGGAACAGAUCUGGCUCCAGGCUGCUGAGCUGUUCAUGGAGCAGCGACACCUCAAGGAAGCAGGUUUCUGCAUCCAGGAGGCGGCAGGCCUCUUUCCCACCUCGCACUCGGUACUCUACAUGCGGGGCCGGCUGGCCGAGAUGAAGGGCAGUCUGGAGGAGGCCAAGCAGCUGUACAAGGAGGCGCUCACAGUGAACCCCGACGGUGUACGCAUCAUGCACAGCCUGCUGGUCGUGUUCCAGGCUCUCCGAGGACUUUAUGAAAUGAGCGGGCAUGUGCACCUUCCCCAGUGGGUCGCCAUAGCAACAGAGGGCCCAAGUCCCAGGAGCGUGGGUCUGAUGCUGAGCCGGCUGGGCCACAAGAGUCUGGCCCAGAAGGUGCUGCGGGACGCCGUGGAGAGGCAGAGCACGUGCCACGAGGCGUGGCGGGGCCUGGGCGAGGUGCUGCAGGCCCAGGGCCAGAGCGAGGCCGCCGUCGACUGCUUCCUCACCGCCCUGGAGCUGGAGGCCAGCAGCCCCGUGCUGCCCUUCUCCAUCAUCCCCAGAGAGCUGUGACGGGCCGGCGGGGACAGGGCUGCCCCCCAGGGUGGGGCUCAGGGAAAUACACGCCUAGGGAACACUUCUGGGCCGGGUCUCCUCGCCUCCCCCGCUCCAGCCCUGCUUUCCCUCCAGGGCCAGCUGGGUCUGGGAGCUGCUCAUCUGGGGCUGGGGGGCGGGGGGGGGGGCAGAUUUGCAUCAAAAGCAAAUGCGUUGCUCCCUGGGAUUCAGACAGACAUGGUGGCAUUUAUGAGUAAGGAAGGGGCUGGGAAGCCACAGCAGCCUGGGAGCAUCUGCCCCGGAGGGUCUGUGCCUCCUCGGUACCACCCCCCAGCGUCUAGAACCCCCCCCAUUCGACACCUGCCACUCUCCACAUCCCCCACCCUGGGAUCCCGGCGACUGCACAGGUGCUAGCCUAGAACUUCAGCUCCCUGUUCUCCCACACCAAAGAUGAACGCCACCAACUGCCCUCUGACUAGGUCAAGAGGGUUUUCCCCACUUCCUAACCCAGUGCCUCGGGAGACGGUCUGCUUGAACCCCAAGUGACCUCGAGUCAUGGUGACCAGACUCGCUCCCUGGAGGUAUGGGUGGGGGAGCGUCCCAGCACACUUCACUUCCACCUGCGCCUCUGUAGCGGGUGAGCCCCAGGGCCCUGGUCUCAGCCCCAGCCUCAGGACAGGGUUUCAGAUAACUCUCAGGUCUUGCCCAGGGCCAUCAGGGCUGGAAGAUUCUGCUGGCAAAUGGGAAGAGGGUGAGAUCUCCGGGUUCCCCCCCACCAGGUUUGGGCUAUUGGGGGAUGCCCCUCUUUGCCCGUGGAGCUCCACUGCUCUUCCCCUCUGCUGCCAAGUGCCUUUUGGGCCUCUGGUGCCUGGCCAGGGGCACUGAGCACCAGCCCUAACUCCUCUCCCAUCUCUGCCAUGCUCACCUUUCUGGAAACCUGCCCCUGCCCAAGUGGUCUCCUUAGGCCUAGGCCGUAGACCCCAGGAUACGAACAUGGCAGCUGGACCCGUUCUUCCUCACACCGUGCAUCAACGUACCCCUUCAGGCCUCAUGUUUCUGGGCAAUGGGUACCACGCAGAACCCUCUGGGGAUAAUAAUAUGGAGAUGGGUGUCUCCAGGGCUGACCCCAGCACCUCUCACCACCCACAGCCCGUCUCUGCAUCAGGCCAUUCAGUUUCCCCUGCCUGAGGUCCAGUGGGGACUGAACACCAGAGGAGGGGACGGAGCGUCAGCAGGGGGCGGGGGGGCUGGUGGGUGGUGGAACCCUGCUGGCUCCCCCAGCCCUGCUGGGAUACUCCCCAAGAAGUUAUUCCCCGUCCCUGGGGGUUGGGGGGGAUGCUCAUCAGGGAAUUCCUUUUCUAUCUGCACUUUGGGUUUUAGUUUUAAAGCUCCAUCUGGUACGGCUGUCUCCUCUUAGGGUGUGUGGAAAGGCUGGGCGAGGGCUGCCCUAGCUCCUCAUUGCCCAGUCUGCUCCUCGGUGGGGGGGGGGGUGGCCUCUGGAGAUUCCCCCCCCCCCCCCCCCCCCGCCACACUGGCUCAGCACUGCACACCCCUGGGUGCCUCCCCCGAGAGGGCCUGCCCCCUCCUGGCCCUCCCGCACGGCGACCGGCACUGCAGAGGACACCAGAUCCCUCGCUCUGCUGAAGGAUCUCUGUCUCCAUGUGUGUGUAUAAAUAUAGGUAUAGAGAUAUAUAUAUGAUAGAGAUCUAUUUUUAUUCUGAAAUUCUGUGAGAAAAAAAAUAAAAACUGAAUGAGAAGAGCAAAUGGUACUGAUUUGCCUCGGGGUGCCCAAGACUGGUGGUUGGUAAUAGGAAGAGCCCCAAGUGCAUUUCGGCUUGCAGCGUUCCUCCGGAGGAAGCCUCGGGGGGCUGGGCCACCUUGCUGGCGGUUUGAAAUAAAGGUCUGGAAUAAAGAGACGCUUGAGA